GAAGGCAGCCAACACCAACUAGGUUCCUAGAGAACAAGGAGAUAUGCAGACCUGUAAGAGAGCCCGAGGGAACCGCCGGAUAGGGAAGUUUGGUGGACCUACGUGCAACUACCGGACCGGAGGAACGAUCAGCAAGGGAGUCAGCUGCUCGGGCGGUAAGCAGCGUGAGAGUGAUGUGGUCGAGAAGAAGCAGGCAGACACACCAGAGUCUAGCGUAAAGGAGAGCGCGGCGGUCAUGUCAGCCAACGGGGACACUAGCGUGGAGCCAAGGCUAAACAACAGGGUGCCAGAGUGGGUGUGCCGCGAAACAGCAAUGGCUGACCCCAGCGUGGUGGGGGUUGCACUCUGCUACGCCAUGCGCAGGCUUGCCACGUGCACCCAUGCUCCAACCCCUGCCCAUGAAGUGGUCGAAGAAUCUGAGACGCUUUAUGAAGCGUGGCAAGGGAAAAUAACGCGCUUAGUGGGGAUGCCCCAGGCAUGAAGUGCUGGGCAGCAGGAGCGGCUCGAUGCCAUUGCACACCAGCGUCAUGCAAGGGGGUGGCUUGCCCAACUUCAGCCGCCAGUGCCGACGGACGGUGCAUGGAAAGGGGGGAUGAAACCAGCGGCAGGCAUCGGAGUGGGUGCUGCCCCCUAAAUUGGAGACCGACAAGGAGGCACUACAGGAGAUAACUGGGAACUGGUGGAGAGGGGAGUGGGGUGUGCGAGCACAAAGACCUGUACAAUGGCCUGUAUGCCGGUGGGGGUAGUGGCUCUUUUACAUGGCUAGUGGUCAGCAAGGUGUGUGGCCAAACCACAGAAGAGUUGGUGCUGCUGGGGGACAGAUGUCAGUGCCGUAGAUGGGUUUAUGUGUGAUUGUUCUUUGUACCAGCGAAAUCUGAGCAACGCAUACAUGUAACAAAGGUUACAGCUGAAAGAAAAUUGAAAGGUGGUG